AGAAUUUAUUCCCUCCUAAGAGAACACGAGGAUUUAAUUUGUGCGCGCUCUUUCGUGAAAUUCUCGAAAGACAAUUAGCGUGAGUCUAGCCUAAGCGUAAGCGGCGAGGCUAGGAUUUUAUAAAUAUACGCUGUUCGGCGUAUUCCAGCGUUCGACGGGUCUCGGCGCCCGCUCGUGAACCAAAAAUAAUCAGAUCUCAGUGCAACCGGACAGCCGGCGUGUCGCUGGCUUUUGCAGAUAAGAAAAUGUUCUAUAAACUUUAAAUGCCACUUCUGUGAAUAUUCCAAUAAUAAAGGCUCGAGUGCAGUUAUGUUACGGGUAGGAUGGACCAAAUGGUUAGUCUUAAUAAUAGUCGGCACGACUCUCGCCAACGAUGCCCAAAUUGUCGACCAAUGGGCCGAGACGCUUGGUAAGGAGCUUUGGGAACUGGCAAACACCAUCGCUCGACCAGCUGAUUUAAAGGAUAAAUACAAAGACCUGAACGCACGAGUGGAAAAUAAAUCAGGGGAGGAAUUAAUAAGCAUUAUCAGUGAAAACGUUGGUCGUAUGUUACGUCGUAAAAUGGAUGCUGUCCGUCGCAUACUGUCAGUGGCUGAAGACGCAGCUGAGUAUUGGAAUGUCACUGAAUCUGAAGAUUUCUCUUAUGUAUCAGGAAAAUAUAGUCAAGUGGAAAAAGAACCAACAGUAAUACUUCCGAAAACAAUGAAAAAUGAUUCGGAUAUUUACAGAAAUAUUACCUUGACGCCAGAUUCCCACUUCUACAAUAUCCCCGUGAAUACCAGCUUCUCAUCCGUCCACGUGCCAACAAAUAUCUAUGAUCGAAUUCCUGAAGUGAAGAAAGCUAUUAGGUGGUCCGAAGCUCUGGAUGAUGUUUUUCGACAGAAUUAUCGAUCCGAUCCAGCACUUUCCUGGCAAUAUUUUGGAUCUACAACAGGAAUCUUGAGGCAAUAUCCUGCCAUGCAAUGGAGAACUGCAGUGACACCUGAUGGAUCACCGGACGUUGAUCUUUACGACUGCAGAGUCCGCAGCUGGUACAUUGAGGCAGCUACUUGCAGUAAGGAUAUGGUUAUCCUGUUAGAUACAAGUGGAAGUAUGGCAGGCAUGGGAAUAACUAUCGCAAAGAAAACCGUGGCGGCCAUCUUGGAAACUUUGUCAAAUAAUGAUUUCGUCACUGUACUUACUUACGCCAAUGAGACUCGCGAAGUAGUGCCGUGCUUCAAGGAUAAGCUCGUCCAAGCGACCCCUGAGAAUGUUGACACCUUCAUCAAAUCCAUUGACAACAUCAAACCAAUGGAAAAUGGCAAUCUGACAGAUGCCUUUAUCAGUGCAUUCAGUCUCCUGGAAACGUACAGAGACAAAAGAGGAUGUAAUUCAGAUACUCCGUGUAAUCAGCUGAUCAUGCUCAUCACAGACGGCGUGCCUGGCAAUUUGACAGAGGUAUUCACAACGUGGAACUGGUGUAACAAUAAUACAUAUAUACCCGUUCGUGUAUUUACAUAUCUAUUGGGACUUGAAGUAACGAACGUUCGUGAAAUUCAAUGGAUGGCGUGUCUGAAUAGAGGAUACUACGUGCACGUGCAUAGUCUUCAAGAAAUUCAGGAGCAAGUUUUAAAAUACAUUCCCGUCGUGGCCCGACCAUUAGUUCUUCAAGGAAAGGAACACCCUGUCGUGUGGACCCACGCUUAUGCUGAUAUCUCGAAUCCGGCACUUGCCACGUGGCUGUGGCUGGUGAUGGAGCACAAGGAGCAAAAAUCACGUCUCGAGAAACACCUGAAAAGGAAAUGGCAAGGCGUACGAAUAAACGAGGACGCCAUCUACAUUCAACAGUUGGGAAAAGACGAAAGCGUCCAUGAGGAUCCGUCGACGCUGAACACUACCACCUGGCAAGAAUACAGACUCCUGACAUCCGUCAGUAUCCCCGCGUUUGACAGGAAAGGGAACAGGAAUAAUGAAACGAGAGUGGCGAAUCUUCUUGGCGUAGCUGGUACCGACGUUCCCAUCGAGUAUAUACGUAAAUUGACUUUACCCUACAAACUGGGUGUUAAUGGCUAUGCUUUCAUUGUAUCGAAUAAUGGAUACGUUAUUCUACAUCCUGAUCUACGACCUGUUUACAAGGGUCGUUUAAAACUUAAUUACAACAGCAUCGACCUGACGGAAGUUGAAAUUCUGGAUGAUAACAGAGGACCAAGAAAUCCUAGUCCAAAGUUACUUGAACUUCGAGAAGCUCUGGUAAAUCACACAAGUGGCAGCAUGCUGGGUAUUCCUGUUAAAUUGCAUUACGACGAUAAUAGACGAGUUACUUUAGAGAAGAGAAAUUAUUUCUAUGCUCCAUUGCCAGGAACACCGUUCGAAAUGGCAGUGACUUUACCGGAUUAUGGAACAACGUGGAUCAAGGUGGGCGAUGAAAUCCAAAGAAAUAUAAACGCGCAGAUCAACAUAUCAAGUUUUUUCAUCGGUGAUCGUUGGAGAGUUCAUCCGGGUUGGGUCUACUGUCGUUUCCACUAUUUGGAGGGUCACGAGUUUGAAAGUCCUGAACAGGAAUUACGGCACUUUUUGGGCAAUCUGGGUAAACCCGGUUGGCGAUGGUCUGAUCAGUAUGAAGAGUAUGAAAUAGGUUCGGAUAUGGAGGAGAAUGAUGAGAAUUUGAGUCGUGGACGACAGACUCUGAAAGAUGAUGAUUAUUAUUGUAAUAAAGAACUUAUGCAACUUCUUGUAUUCGACGCCAACGCGACCAACGGCGGCUUCUCUGGGAAAUUCAGUCACACUGAUGCCAGCAGCGAAAAAUUGGCUAAGGAUUAUCAAAUCUUUUUGAGAUUCGUAGCUACUCAGAGUGGUUUAACAAGAUGGCAAAACGUGGAUGAAGCUUUUGUACCCAAGGAGAAUGAUGAAGAUGCAAUAGAAUUUGGUGAUCUUCAUAGAAGAGCUGUCAAUGAACCCUGGUACAAAGGAGCAAUAUUCCAGCAUAAUAUUGAUUCAAACAGUAUUUCCCUGACAGUGCCCUGGGAAGCGGGACCGAAUGCAACGGUUACAGUAUCUUUAGGAAUAUUUCCCAAGGAUGGUGGAAACGAAGCUCCAGCAGCUGUGAUUGGUUUUCAAAUGCCAAUGACAGCUUUGUAUGCAAGAUUCAUAGAUAUCACCUCAAAAUCCACCAAUCCAAAAAUGAACUGUAAUCUUGCUUGGAUUGAUUGUUACCUAAUAGAUCAAAAUGGUUAUGUGGUCAUAUCAGAAGCUCACUAUGAUACUGGACAAUUUUUGGGAACUCUCGAAGGUGCUAUAAUGAAUUCAAUGAUACAUCAGGGUCUGUACAAAGCAGUUGAAUUGUACGACUACCAGGCUCUGUGUUCCGAAAUCAACAUCGUUGGAGCAGCCAGUGUCUUCAGCAAUCCCUUCGGGUACGUGCGGCAAUUGAUUGGAUGGUUUCUGAUACGUUUAUCAUGGUUCGCUGCGGAAUUUGUCGACUUGCCAGGAGUAUUCGCGAAACCACGUCGUGAGGAAGAAAAAGUUGUUAAGCCAGAAAUAUGUGAGGUUUUAGAGACCUACCCAUGUGAUCAGAAAAGGACCUUAUAUAUCAUGAACCAGACUAUAGGCGAUAGUGGAAUCACAAAUGUAACGUCAAGUCGAUCUAGACCCUUUUUUGCUGAAAAGGUACAACACACCAAUUUGUUACUUGUUGUCAUUGACACUAUGCACUGGUCGGACUACAUAAGACUAAGUGUACUUCCGGAGGAAAUUUCACCGUUUACUUAUACGGAUAUCUAUGAUACACCCUGCCAUAAGAUACCACUUAAUGACCUACCCAGAAGAAGAUUAAGUGGUUGCUUCACGGAUCAUCCCCUGGAGUAUCAAAUAAAAGCCUGCGGUCAAGGAUCCAAAUUAGAACUAUCCUUGCUGUUAUUGUUUGCUACUAUUUUUACAAUUCUAUGUAAAUUUGUGUGAUCCAUAAAAUUGUUAUUUUCCAAGGA